AUGUUCCUUUACAUAAAUUCCAACUUUGAUGAGCUCGAGAAGAGACUCACUCUGCAUUUCUCAAGGCCUCAGAUAGUAAACAGUGCUGUUCGUGAACUUGUCCCAUGUCGAUGUGGAAACCACAGACAGCUACACCUUGAGCAAGAACCAGAACAAGUCUUCAACAUUGAAGGACAAUUUGGAGUUUUACCGCAAGAACCAGAACAUUUUUGUAUUGCUGGAGAGAAAAAUGGUUGUGGGAUUGUGCAUGAAGAAGAAGUAAAGUUCAAUUCUGGAUCAUAUGGUGGAUCUAUUAAGCAAGAACAUAAGCAUUCAGAUGAUGAUGAUGAUUACUCACGAAAGUGGUAA